GUCCAAGAACCAUGGAGGUUAAGAGCCUUGUUUAGGUUAUUUAUUCAUUUUCUUUACUUAUUAAAAUUAUUAGAUUUAUAAGUUUGUCUAUCUAUCUAUCUAUCUAUCUAUCUAUCUAUCUAUCUAUCUAUCUAUCUAUCUAUCUAUCUAUCUAUCUAUCUAUCUAUCUAUCUAUCUAUCUAUCUAUCUUUUUGGAAAUUAAAAAGCUGACCUUUUAACUUGUUUAAAACAGAAACAUCUAUCUAUCUAUCUAUCUAUCUAUCUAUCUAUCUAUCUAUCUAUCUAUCUAUCUAUCUAUCUAUCUAUCUAUCUAUCUAUCUAUCUAUCUAUCUCUUUGGAAAAGCUGACCUUUAAACUUGUUUAAAACAGAAACAUUUAGCUCAAUGCCUGAAAUGUAAUAGUGUAAUAGAUUAUAUCCAUACUGUAAAUUGUGCCACAGUUACAAUAUUUACAGAGUUUUAAGGAGUUAUUUCACCCUUAAACAGAAUAUUUAAGUGAUCCCCAGCACUGAACUGUGAAUAGGCAACAUGAAUAAAGGCACAUGUUGAGUCUGCAGCACUUCACCCCCAGGCAAAGACACAUUCUGGUCACAUGACUUAUCUAGCCAGCCAAUUGGAGUGCAGAGCUCAGAUUUCAGUUCUAGAGGAGGCUCUAAUCUGUGUAGAGGUUUUCAGAGAAGGAGGCUGACUUGAGGGACUCCCCUCUGUCUCUGACUCAGUCCACACUUUGUAAGACUUCCGCACAUGACUACAAAUGGACGACGGAUGGACUGAAUUCGUGGUUCUUGGCUUUGGGCUUUGUUCUGGAAUGUUUCUUUGACCUGCUUGAGAAAAGAAGGAGGGAUUUUUUAGGAAUUCAUCCCUCUUUCUUUAAAGCUUCCACCUAGAAGAAGUGAGAGAAUGGGGGCAGGAGCACUCACCAUCUGUCACAACAAAACAUCUGUGCAGAUCAAGAUCAGGCAGGACAUGAAGAAGAUGGUCCAGCUGCCGGCGCUGAAGAAUCUGCCGACUUCUGCCACCACUGGAGAUAGUCAGAGGAAAGGUCAGAGGGUGUUCGGCGUGUGCUUGAUGGAGCUCAGCAAAAUGGGUUUGGUGAAGGACGGCGUGCCCUUUGUGUUGAGGAGCAUGGUGGAGUAUCUCAGACAGCAUGGGCUGCAGCAGGAGGGUUUGUUCCGUGUGAGCGCUAGCGUGCGUGCCGUGGAGAGUCUGAAGCAGAGACUGGACAGGGGAGAAGAGGUGGAUCUCGAGCAGGAGGCUGAGGUCUGCACCGUGGCCAGCUUGCUGAAGCUGUACCUGAGAGAGCUUCCUGAGGGCCUCGUUCACUCCUCCAUUCACAACGCACUCAUUCAGCUGCAUAACGAAUCCAAAGAUGAUGAGUUCUGUAAGAACAUUCGAGAACUCCUGCGAAAGUUACCAGACGUUCAUUACAGCAUCCUGCGCUACCUAUGCCACUUCCUCACCCAGGUGGAGCAGCAGCAGUGCCACAACCGGAUGACUGCAUUCAACCUGGCAACAGUGUUUGGCCCUAACGUUUUCCAUGUGUCCCCUUGUUUUGAAGGCAUCCAGGAGCAGGAUGUCUGUAAUAAGAUCAUGGCUAGGCUCAUUGAGAACUACAGCACCAUCUUUGAGCCAGAUGGAGGACAGGUGCAGCCCAAAUUCAAGCUUUCGAACGUCAUCAUGGUCAAAGAGGCCCACAUAGAUGUAGUGCAUACAGACACCUUGUCAACAUCCUCUCCGACACCAAAAGCACCCACUCCACUUCCCAGAAAGAAGAAGGCCACGCAGAGCAAUGCGGUUAAAGACAAGGUCUCACCAAGAGAAAGAGAGUUGAGCCUAGAAACCCCAGUACCCGCACCAAGAAAAAAGAAGGUAAAGAGGGUGAAAGGUGAAGCAGCACUAAGAUCUGUACCCCAGCCUACUUCUUCCAGCGGUCUUCCCUUCUCAAGACAUUUAUCCCAGCCUUCAGAGCACAGAGCCAAAUCUGGAAUCCACACCCUUGGCUGGAGCUCUCAGGAGGAAAGCAUGGAUCCAAACCCUCCUAAACUCAGCCCCAUUGGGAGCAUGGACACUGUGAGCAGCUCUCAAGGGGACGAAAGACCAAUAUCUCCCUUCUAUGUGAGCUCCCAGCUCUCUCCUGGUCAUUACAGGCCUGACCUAGCACAUUAUCUGGAGAAGACGAUCCGCUCAGCGGUGGAGCAGCACCUCUUUGAUGCUCACAUGCUGCCAGAUCAGAGUUUACAGCAGAGCUCAGAGACAGCAGGUCAAGAUUUGUUACCCGCAACUACGGCUCGUCAGAGGAGGCGACAGCAGAAAGAGCAGGAGGAGAGAGAGAACCGAGAAAGGUGCAGGAAUGACACUGAUAAGGAGAACAUCCCGUCUCGUGGACUGAACAGCAGUGCUAGCGCUAGCAUUAGCAUCAGCAUCAGCGAGGAGAGCAAGAGGAGACUGGCUACUGCUGAUGAAGACUCCAGGUCCAGGAAACCCAAACACAGCCCUACCCUCAGCAAGCUGUCCUGUAACCAAGGCUCACACAGCCAUCACAACUCAUCUAAAUCACAUGACAGAGACAUGACAGACAGUAUGGACACUACACAUAACAGGGAAGUGUGGAAAACAAACGACUCUGCUCGUCCUAAGACGCCUGCCAUGAAGAUCCAAGAGGCCAUCAACGGCCCGGAGCCUUCAGACGGCUUCGAGGACGUUCCACGACUGGACCUGUCCACUCUAAUGGAGGACAGCAACUGGGGAGAACCAGUGCCAGCCUAUUCGUCGUGGCACAGAGACAACAUAGACAGUGAGGAAGCUCACCUCUCUCCCCACACCGGGGGCAAAAUGAUCCGCCAGCUGCUGGAGGAAGACUCGGAUCCCAUGCUCUCACCACGCUUCUAUGCCUACGGGAACUCGCAGCAGUACCUGGAUGACACCGAGGUGCCGCCGUCACCACCCAACACGCACUCUUUCAUCAGCCGACGGCGGAGUUCUUCACUCGGCUCCUGUGAUAACGAAUGCGAGGAGCUCACGUCAACGCAGCUCUCUAAAAAGAUACACAACCUGAAGAAAAAGAUCCGCAAGUUCGAAGAAAAGUUUGAGGAAGAUCGCAAAUACAGGCCGUCACACAGUGACAAAGCAGCCAACCCUGAGGUCCUGAGAUGGAUGAAUGAGCUGGCCAAGCUUCGCAAAGACCUCAAAGAUCACAGUUUGAUGAAGUCAGAGGAAGAUCUGGCUCCUUUGCCGAGGCAGCGCAGCAACACACUACCCAAGAGCUUCGGCUCUCAGCUGGAGAAGAAAAGCAGCGAGGCAAAGACGCCCAAACCGCCUGUAGAGAGCACGUUGGAAACGGUGAUGAACAAAAUGCAGGAGAAACGCGUCGAGUCCGGCCGACCCGAGGACAUCAAGGAUAUGACCAGAGAACAGAUCGGUGCAGAGAAAGUAGCUCUGCAGAAAGCGCUGCUGUAUUACGAAGGCAUCCAUGGCAGACCGAUCACAAAGACCGAAAGACAGCUCAUGAAGCCACUAUAUGAUCGAUAUCGCCUCGUCAAACAGAUCCUGUGCAGAGCAUCCACCAUCCCGGUCAUUCAGGGUUCUCCGUCCAGCAAGCGCAGAGGCCUUCAGCUGCAGCCCAUUAUCGAGGGGGAACCCGCUCUCUUCUUUGACCACGGCAAGGAGGAAGAGGACGGCUCGGACGAAGACAACGACAACAGGAUGCAGUUUACACAGCUGACGGUGCGUCCAGAGCUGAGCAUGCUGGGAUUUCUGGACCACCUGGACGAGGAGGUGGACGGUUUUAUUUCACCGGUAGACGAGCUGUCGCCUUCAAAGAACAGCACUGACAUGAGACUGUCCAACCUGCACGCAGCCACCAUACAGGAACUGGUGGAGCAGCUCCAGGAAGCUCGAGAGGAAAAGAAAAGAAUCCGAAAAAACCUGCGUGAAUUCGAGGACCAGUUCUUCAGGCAAAACGGCAGAAACGUGCAGAAGGAAGAUCGUUCGCCCUUGGCGGUGGAAUACAACGAAUACAAGCACAUCAAGGCCAAGCUGAAGCUGCUGGAAGUCCUGAUCAGCAAACGAGACUCCUCGAAGUUCAUCUAGCAUCCAGCUUCAAAGAGAUGAAGCACAAAGACUAGCAGACUCUGCUCAUGCUAAAAGCUAAAUAAGCUCGUUCGAAAGCCCUCCUGUCGAAGUCGCACAUCGGGUGGGUUUUUUUUUUCCCCACCUCUCUCAAGCCAUCUGUAGCUCUCAGGCAGAUUUGGCUGAAGAAGAUACCCCCCUCCCUUCCCUUCUCCUCCUCCUCCUCCCUGUUGGAUUUCACCACCAAUAGAGAAACUAGUCACUUUCAUCAAGCAAGUGAUGGCACAUCCUGCACACUCAUGGUGUCGCUCUAUACGUACAGUACGUCUAACAGAGUCCAACCCUUCUGUGAGCGUCUGUUUCAUCAGAGAAGAAGUUCACAGGGUAGAAAACCUGUUUAGUUUCAAAUCACAUGAUCAUAGAUUUGGGGAUGAUUGCUGCUGCACUGCCAGUCAUACGUUUUUAAAACCACUGGAGGUUUUAGAUUUAGAGGGGGGGCAAAGACACAAUGCCAUUUUUUAUUUUUUUUUGCUUUCUUUAUUUAGAAAAGGCGUUUUUUUUUUUUUUUAUGGCGUUUUAUUCGCUCCAAACUCACAUCCUAUCUUAGUGGCAGAAAAGCAUGAUCCAGGGUUUUGAAUUAAGAGAGAGAGAGAGAGAGAGAGAGAGAGAGAGAGAGAGAGAGAGAGAGGGUGUUAGGAAAUCAAACAACGAACCUUCCUGCGUAAAAAGCAGCUCACAACAAAAGACAAAACACAGAAAUCAUGCGCUAGCCUUCACUUUUCCUGCUUUCUCACGUGCAGCAUUUUAUCUGAAUCAGACCCUGGUGUGUGGGUUUUUUGUUUUGUUUUUUUUUUUUAAACCAUGAAUGAUUUUUUUUUGUUUUAUUAUUCUUAUAUAUAUAUUUUUUUUUUUUAUUUCAGUGAGAAUUCACGUGUAGAUCACAACACAAUCGCUCUGAGAGAGAGAAAGAGCAUCUGUGUGAGUCGAUCUCAUCCAGCACACAAGUGAAUUCUUAUUAGUGUUGACUGAAGGAAAGGAGGAAGAAAAAAAAAAAAAGACAAAGCGAUUUUAAAUCAACGUAUUAGUUUGUCUCAUAAUGAUCUGAUCCUUUAUUCAGUGCAGGCUCAAUAAUGCUUCAUUUAAUACCACACACCCAACCAAAACACCCUCCUUUAGAUAAUCACAAAAACCCCGAACAUAUUAAUUACUCUCUGAUUUCCAAUCAGCACCAGAACGAAUAAGUGAAAACGCAUUCAUGUUCACAGACAUUUGACUGGCAUUGUUUUUUUUCCCCUAAUAUUUUUUUUAAUUCCAAAGAGGGAUUCUGUAUCUGAAAUCAGCUGAGAGAAGGUUAAGACAGUUAUGGGAACUUCAGGGAAACAAAACACCAUUUGACCAUUUUACGAUCCUUCUUUUUUAUGACGGUGCCAUAUUUCAUACACGUCUACGUGACGUAGGAAUCCAGUCGCAUCUGUAGGCUGACGAUCUCUGACGUAUCCUUUCACGCUUUCUCAGUGCGGUAAUUUGCUCGUUGUAGCCAAAGCAAUUUAUUUAGUGAGAAUCAGUUUGUACCUUUUUUUUUCCUGAGUCUUUUUAUAAGUCACGAGGCGAAAACGCACAUCAUCUCGAUCAGAGAUAACCAGCGAAGCUGACGUUUUGCGUGUGUAUUUUUUCCUUUUAUUAUUGCCGGCGCUAACCAGCUUUUAUUGUAUAGUCACUGUGUAACAAUGACAAUGACACGGGCCAACAAGCGUCACAGCAACCUGACUGCUUUCUUAUUGAGAGAGGGAGAGAGAGAGGGGGAGAGAGACAGGGAGAGAGAGAAUGAAUAGGUUUGAUUAAUAUAGAUCCAGAGUUUAAACUAAGCAUGUUAUUCUCUCCUGUUUUUCUCGUAAACAGAUAUUUUGCAGUGUGACCUUCGUUUUUACUGAACGUGAACACUGAUGGUUUAUCAUGAAUAAGAGUGUGUACAUUUUAGUACAUGAUUUAUUUGUAUUUUGUACAUAUGACUUAAAGCAAAACCUAUUUUUACUGAA